AUGCCAGACCCCUGCACGGCAUUCGACGACUACGUCCUCGGCCAGAUCUUUGCCCGCCUUCCGAUCGACGUGCUCCGACUGCGCGCGUACAACGUGUCGCGGGGGUGGAGGGCCGCGCUCGACGCGUCCAAGGCCGUGCGGGCCGCGCUGCUCGUCCAGCCCAAUCUGAACCGGCACGUCCAGGACCACUUGCGGGACCUCGAGCGGAAAGCGAGUUUCGUGGAUGGCGCCGAGGCCGUGGACUGGAAUGACAGAGCGCUCGCUUUCCUCGCGCAAGAGUCGGCUUGGCGCGGCGGACGGGCUAAACUCAAGUACGGCCGCAGCGUUCUCGAGUCCAACGCCCCCACGCUCGCAUCCUACGACUGCAUCACGCGGAAACUGCUCAUACUCGACACGCCCGAGCCCGAGAUGAGCGGCGACCCGAGCCUCGAGUGGGCGAUUCACGUCGUCGACAUGGACUCGCUGGCCGUCGAGCGCAAGAUUGCUCUGCCGCCAGGGCUCGACUACCCCCUGUUCUGUGAGGACCAUCUUGGACACGUGCUCGGGCAGCUGGUCACUACCCCGGGCGAGCCGGGCCAGCCGGACCGAUGUACCGUGAACAUCUGGGUGCAGGUGCGCGAUGAAGGCGAGUUCGAGUGGGUCGCGCGCACGGGGUACGAGGUGACCUCGGACGACACGAUCGAGGGCUUCAAGCUGCUGGCAUCACACCCGACUGGUAGUAUCGUGUCCAACCCCGGUGCGGACUAUCGCGUCGACGAGAGGCCUGGGGGACGCAUGACCCUCACGGCGGUCACGCAGACCUCGCGGGGCCGUGUCCGGAUCCACCAUAUCGCCGACCGGCUACCCAUUGGGUCUGCGCCGCUGCCCGGAGAGGUCUCGCGGGUCAAGUUGCAGGACGUGGGCGAUGGCUGGGGCCAGGACGAUCACUUCUCCGCAGCCUCCAGCAUCGACGACAAUUGGAUCUUUUCCUUAGAGAGCCAGCUCAGAAUCUACUCGCGCAACGGCAAGCAUUUGCUCACGCUGCCCGAUGAGUCUAGUGGUGUCCCGGGCUUCACAACCAGCGGCCACGCCCGACGCGAGCUGGCCCCCGCUGUCGGCUACCCCAUCCAUCCUAUCACGGAUUACCUCGUCGACGAGGACGGGAUUCCUGGCCUGCGCAUGCCGGAAGCACUGCGGCGGUUCCGACCGCAGCCUGGAGUCCAUCCUCGCGGGCUAUCGGUCCACCGCCUCAGUGUCCCUGCACAGCGCGAAGGGCCCGAGUACGACGAUUGUCUUCUCGGUGUUCGCACCAACAAGUUCCACGAGUCCGACCCCUACAAUACUUGGGGGAUCUGGCAGUUCCAGUUUGUGAACAAGGCCCUCAUCUUGACGUUCGUCAGUGGGGGUCUGCUUGUCAUUCCUCGCUACGAGGCAGUCUUCAGUGCGGUCGCGGCUCUCGAAGCCGCUGAGCGGUUGCGGUACGUCGCUAGCAAGACGAUCAUGAUCGACACGGGAUUUGAACUAUUCCACGACGGUGUUCUGGGCCAGGCCCAGUUCGACUCGUAUGGUACCCGCUUCCUCAUGGCUGUUAACGACCUCGUCGUUAUUAUCGAUACCGCCGACAUAUCGACCGACACGCCUGAUGCGCCACUGCCGGUCCUCGCUCUAACUGGUCACUAUAAUACGGUGGAGGAUGAUCUGCCCGCAGAACGCUUCUUCCUGACCUCGUGGGGACUCUUUCAUGCCAUCAACAUGCUGUCUUUGGGCGACGGCGACGUCCAAGUGGCUCGGGAGACUGCCAAAGGCGACCAUCAACGAGAGUAUCCUUUCGACGAGCAGCUGGACGGGCUGUGGGACUCGGACAGAUAUGCUUCCAUGAUGCGAUAA